AUGGAUCCGUACAGACCAGUUCAUUAUGCUCCGUAUCGACCAUACGCGCCACAAAGUGGACCAACUUACGUACCUGCUUCUAGGCCGGGCUACUUACCUACCGUUCAGCCGGCUCGACCAAAUUAUCUAGGCCAGAGGCCGGGGUAUGGACCUUUACCCAUCGGCGGUGCUCAAGGUAUAGUCGCGUCUGGCUCAGAAGUUGAAAAGCUAACUACACUUUUUAUUGGGGGGAUAUCACCGGGAGUGACAGACGAUUGGAUGGAAAGGAUCCUCAAGACAUGCGGCUCAUUAAAAUCUUGGAAACGUGUCAAAGACCAAUCUGGAAACCCUAAGGGGUUUGGUUUCGCUGAAUAUUUAGAUGCAGAUAGUGUUCUUCGCGCAUUGCGAGUGUUGGGAGGUGAAGGGCCUGGUGACGACAAAAAAGACAAAGGUGUUGUGCUACCCGCCUUAGAAGAUGGGGCUGUGGGAAAAAAAUUAAUAGUUAAAGCAGACGAAACUACUAGAAAAUAUCUUGAUCAAUAUGAGGCAUCAAGACCAAGAACUGUGCAUGAUACCGAACUCGAUAAAAAUGCUCUUUUAUCUGUCAUAACUGUCGUACAAAAUAUGACCAAGCCUCAGGAAUCCAGGGACCAUUUAAUGCCUCAUGAUAAUAGGUCUGGAAUCCGAAAAUCUCCAAAUUCAGAACACAUUGAUCAUAUGGAGAAAGACGAAGACACUGAUCUACCUGCUGAUCUCCCCCCUGAACAAAAAGAUUUAAUAUACCGAGAAAUCGCGUUCUUUCGAGAGCCUAAAGAGCGAUCUCAUAGAAGAGAGAGCAGAGAACGGCAACAAUACGGACAUUAUCAUCAACCUGUCAAUUUUGUUCCCGCCAGAGAAUCUAGACGAGAGUCCUAUGCCUUGGAUGAUGAGGAUGAAGAGCAAAAACGUCAGGCAAAAAGGAAGACUGAGAUGGAAAUGGCUUUUAAAGAGCGGGAACGACGUUGGCAACAUAGGGAAGAAACCAUGGCAGCAAAUCGUGAACGUGAAUUAGAACGUGAAAUAGAUGCAAGAGAAAAGCAAAUACGUGAUCGUGAAUUAAUGGCAAGAAAAUUAGCGGAGUGGGAUGAUGAUAUCGAAGCCGAAAGGGGACAAGAAGAUUACUAUCGAGAUCGAAAUCGAUGGUGGUUCCAUAGACAACAAUUCCGAGCACGCGAAAUGGCAAUGGAUGAACAAGAUAAGCUUCGAGAACAACAAGAGAUUGAGACAGAAUUACGCCAGCAGGAAUUGGAAAAGACGCUCGAAGAAGAGAAAAAACAGCGCUCUGAAAUUACAGAGACUGAAUUGAAUGAAGAGAAAGAAUUAGCACCUUUUACGACGAAUGGAUCUUCGCAAAGUGGUACAAAUAUCAAAGCAAAACUUACCUUAAAUAUUUCUUCAAAGCGGCGGGCUGCAUUAAUGACAACUGAAGAUAGGAAAAGAAGAAUUAAAGAUUUAGUGGAAACUAUUCCAACCGACAAAGAAGGUUUAUGGAAAUGGAAUGUAAAGUGGGAAGAGCUAGAUGAAAAUAUUCUUAAUAAUAAGUUACGAUCUUUUGUCAGUAAGAAGAUAGUGGGGUAUCUUGGAGUUCAAGAAGAUGAAUUAGUUUCUUUUGUAAUGGAUCACUUGCGCAAUAAUAAAUCCGCAGCACAAUUAACCAAAGAAAUGGAAAUGACAUUAGACGAAGAAUCGGAACUUUUCGUAAUGAAGUUAUGGCGUAUGCUUAUUUAUGAAACCGAAAGCAAAGCCAGAAAAUUAUAA